AUGGCUGGGUCAAGUCUCCUGCCGCUCCAUGGGCUGCUUCUGACUCUCACGUUGUUCUCCUUCACAUCAGCGCAAUCUGGAAAUGCAUCAACAAUAUACAAGACUCGAUUCGAGGGUGUCACUUGGGACGCUGCCAACUGGGUCCUCACCACCACCAACCUAGACCAAGGACAUUAUCAGUCUCGAAUGGUUGUUGCGAAUGGCUAUCACGGCAUCAACGUGGCAUCUCUAGGUCCAUUCUUCGAAGCUGACACUCCCGUCGAUGGUGACAACAUCAAUGGAUGGCCCCUGUUCGAAAGACGACAAACCUUUGCCACAGUUGGAGGUUUCUGGGAUUCUCAACCUACGACCAACGGCACCAACUUCCCCUGGUUGUAUCAGUAUGGCUGGGAUACUGCCAUCAGUGGCAUUCCACACUGGAGCGGCAUUGUUGCAGACUUGGGAGGGAGCAACUACUUGGAUGCCUCAACCAACGAUUCGACGAUCAGCAAUUUCAAAUCUAGCCUUGAUAUGAAGCGAGGGCUGAUGAAUUGGGCUUUCACUUGGUCUCCAAGCGGUCAUGGGUCAUUCAAUGUUUCCUAUCAAAUGUUCGCACACAAGCUCAAUAUCAAUCAGGGCUUUGUUAUCAUGAACAUCACGGCAACCAAAGCCACCAAUAUUACGAUCGCAAAUGUGCUUAAUGGAGACUGCGCCGUCCGUACAACUCCUGGACAGAAUGGCAUUGAUUCGGGGCUCAUUUUCACCUCUGUCCAGCCGAAUGGCGUUCAUAAUGUGACGGCGUUCGUGUAUGCUGGUAUGACGAGCUCUGGAGCUACGGUUCGCUCUGUUCAACAAGCCACAUGGGACCGGCCGUACGUGGGCAACAAUGCAUCCUCGGUGGCAUCUGCUUUGAAUGUCACCCUCCAGGCCGGCCAGGUUGCGACCUUCACCAAAUUCGUUGGAAUCGCCUCGUCUGAUGGAUUCCUGAGUCCUCGUCCUGUCGCAAGAAACGCCGCACUUAACGCAAGACAGGCUGGCUACGCCGCCUCACUGCAGACCCACGCAGCAGAAUGGGCCCAACAGUUUCCUACAAGUUCCGUGGACGAUUUCUCGUAUCCGGAGAAUGGCACACUACCGAACGAUCAGUUUAUCCUCGAGGCAGCGAUUACAGCGGUGACAAAUCCGUACCACCUCCUUCAAAACACCAUUUCGCAGAACGCAAUCAACGCCACUGCCAAUGCCGGCAGUUCAAUCAACAGCCAUAGCAUCUCAGUGGGAGGACUGGGAUCAGAUUCCUACGCUGGCCAGGUCUUUUGGGAUGCUGAGGUAUGGAUGCAACCUGGUCUUGUAGCAGCAUUUCCAUCGGCGGCCCAGGGUAUUGCAAAUUAUAGGCUGGAGAGGUUUCAGCAAGCGAAGGAAAAUAUUGGCACUAAGUUUGUCUCCUCCAAGAGAAACUUCACAUUUAGUGAUGCUGCAGCAAUCUUUCCCUGGACGAGCGGACGUUUUGGCAACUGUACAGCCACAGGUCCAUGCUGGGACUACGAGUAUCAUCUGAACGGUGAUAUUGGCUUGGAGUUCAUCAAUCUGUGGAUCUCGUCGGGAGACACGGCGAUGUUUCAGGAGAAUCUGUGGCCCAUCUACGACUCCCUUGCCACAAUGUACUCGGAAAUCCUUGAGCGAAACGGCUCUCACUGGGUCCUCCUGAACAUGACUGAUCCAGACGAGUAUGCCAACCACGUCGACAACGGAGGUUUCACCAUGGCUUUGAUCUCGACACAUCUCGACUAUGCCAAUCAAUUCCGCUCCAUGUUCAAUUCCACGCCCAACGCAACAUGGACGACCAUGGCUCAAAACGUGCUGAUAGGCCGUGAUCAAGACGCGGACGUCACACUAGAAUACACUGGCAUGAACGGCACGACCGUGGUAAAACAGGCCGAUGUCAUUCUCAAUACUUUCCCGCUCUCCUUUACCGGGCAGAACUAUACGUCCAACGACUCGCUCAGCGAUCUGGAUUAUUACGCUGCCCAGCAGUCGGUGGACGGUCCCGCCAUGACAUACGCGAUUUUCUCCAUCAUCGCAAACCAGAUCUCGCCUUCCGGCUGUUCUUCCUAUACCUAUCAACAAUACAGCACGCAGCCGUACAUCAGAGGGCCCUGGUUCCAGUUUUCAGAACAGUUGGUGGACGACUGGAACCAGAAUGGCGGAACGCACCCUGCAUAUCCCUUCCUGACAGGCCAUGGAGGAGCACUGCAGGUCGUGCUGUUCGGGUACCUAGGAUUCCGUUUCAUUCCCGAUUUCAAUCUGCACAUCGACCCCAGUCUACCGCCUCAGAUCCCACAGAUCAGAUACCGCACCUUCCAUUGGUACGGCUGGCCGAUCUCGGCGUUCUCGAACCAGACUCAUACUGUCUUGACGAGAGACGGCAGCCUUGCUCCUGGUGAGGGCGCCGUUCCAAACGCUACGUAUGCUACCUCGGCCAUUCCGGUCGUGGUGGGCCCAAUCGGCUCAGCACCCCUUGCCACCUACUCUCUGCUGCCAAACUCCAGCAUAACAGUCCCCAACAGACAGAUAGGCCUCAUCCCAACGACCGAGAACAACGUCGCGCAGUGUCUCCCCGUCUCCUCCCCGGACGACUACCUGCCGGGCCAAUUCCCGCUUGCGGCAGUCGACGGAGCGACGAGCACGAAAUGGCAGCCCGUGUCUGCCAACAAGACGAGUUCCAUCACCGUGGCAAUCCCUCCGGGGUACAAGGUGACAAGUAUGGUACUGAAUUGGGGACAAAUCCCACCGUACAACUACUCGGUGCUAUUCCACAACAAUUCGCUCGCGAACCCAUCCUCACCGACCAUCAAAUCCAAUAACGUUCUCACGGUCGCGUCGAACCAACGAGUCCACAUCUCCGACGCGUACAACCUGACAGCGCUGAACUCGAUCGAGGCCGUGCAGGACAACAUCACCACGUUCGACAUCCCAUCCACAAGCCCGCCCGUGUACACGGCGCGCUUCGCCACCCUGCAGAUCUGGGGCUCGCUUUACAACGGCAGCGUCACCGCGAAGAACAUGUCCGGCGACGGCGCCACGGUGGCCGAGUGGAGUAUCCUCGUCGAGGGGCUGCAGAGUGCCACCAACAACGCCACUGCCCCGGUCAAGAGAGCUGUGGGUGGCAACCUCGACAACGACUUGUUGAUCAAGCUGGGCCAUGUCGCGAGAUAUAUGAACAUGGAUGGACGGAAGAUGGCGGGCCGAUGA